AUGGGAACAGUUCAUGCAUCAAAAACAUCCAAUAUUAUAAACAGAUCCAUCGUUUGGCUUGAUGCCUCUGUUAAUGAUACAGAAGAAUAUAUCAAUGCUCAACAAUUACUUAGUACACCAGGGAAUUAUUUAAAAACGUACACAGAUGAUAAAGAAUGUGAAAAAUAUAUUCGGUCAGUACCUAAAGGUCAUCGAAUUAUUCUGAUUGUUGGUGGUCGAUCAGGUCGUCUGAUUGUACCUCGUAUUCAUCAACUUAUACAAAUUUCGUCAAUUUUUGUGUACUGUAUGGAUAAGAGAAAUGAAGAAUGGACAAAACCGUAUAGAAAAGUUAAAAGUGUGACAGAAGACAUAAACGAACUCGUAAUUCACAUUUUAUCAGCUCAAGAAAAGCAAACAACUUGCGAUAGAUUUGAAGGACAACUGUCAAUCAAUGUUUAUCAUACUAGUGGGACUCGAGAAAAAUCGACAACUGAACUCAAUGGCCAAUUUGUUCAUUCACAAAUUUUGAUUGAUUGUCUACUUCGAAUGAGAUCUAUUUCGAGAGACAAGAAUGAAUUUAUUACUUAUUGUAAGAAAGAAUAUGCAAAGAAUGAUUCUCAAUUAAAUAUUAUUCGUGAAUUUGAAGAAGAUUAUUCAGCUAAUCGCGCUUUGACAUGGUAUACGAGAGAAUGUUUUAUAUAUCAAUUAUUGAACAAAGCUCUCCGAGUGCAAAAUAUUGAUUUGCUUUAUUUAUUUGGAUUUUUUAUUCGUGAUCUUCGAAAUCAACUUGAACAAUAUCAAUUUCCAUCAUCAAUUCGUGUCUACCGAAGUCAAUUAAUGUCUAGAAAAGAAGUUCAACAAUUGCAAAAUUUCAUGGGGCAAUUGAUUUCAAUGAAUUCAUUUCUUUCUACGACACUUGAUCGGGAAGUGGCUAUUUUUUUCCUUGGUGAUAUCGAAGUAUCGAAUGGUGAUUUGCAACCAGUUUUGUUUGAAAUUGAAGCGGAUUCUCGCAUUGAUGGUGUCAAACCUUUUGGUAAUAUUACUCCGUUUAGUUAUAUUGCUGACGAAGAAGAAGUAUUGAUGAUGUUGGGAUCAAUCUUUCGACUUAUUCAUAUUCGUUAUGAAGGUCAAUUGUGUAUCAUUGAAUUAGUAUUGAGUAGUGAAAAUGGUCAUGAUGUUAAGCCUAUCUUCGAUCAAAUGAAAGAUGACUAUCAUGGUGAAGGGCAGACAAGUGUUGGCGUAUUUGGUAUUGUGCUCGCUAAUAUGGGAAAAUUUGAUGAAGCUGAAAGAUUCCUUUGUCGUUCACUAGAUGAGUCUCUUCCUGAUAAUGAAACGGAAGAAACUAAGGCGUAUAAUCUCAGUGUUUGCUAUGUCAAUCUUGGUAAUGUAGCUAAUAAGAAAGGUAACUUCAACAAGGGUCUUGAUUGGCAUCAUAAAGCGCUUGAAAUCAGAUUACAAUUAAGAAAACGAAACGAUCCUAGCAUCGCAAGUAUUCAUAAUCUAAUUGGAACUUCUUACUUUCACAAGGGUGAAUACAAGCGUGCGAUUGAAUCUUAUAACGAAGCUUUGAAUAUAUAUUGGCCAAUAUACGGUCAAGAUCAUACAAAAUUAGCAGAAGUUUACAAUAAUAUUGGAGCUGUCUAUUCUAAACAGGAGAAAUAUUUGGAUGCACUUGAUUAUCAACAGAAAGUAUUGAACAUUCAAAAAAAAUAUCUUCACGAGAAUCAUUAUCUGUUGGGCGAAUCACAUAUUAACAUUGCUACUACUUAUCAAUAUCUUGACAACUCUGAUCUUGCAUUAGAACAUUUUAAUGAAGCAGUCAAAAUCUUCCAAAAAUCUCUUCCUUCUCAACAUCCUAACUUUGCAGCUAUAUACAAUAAUAUGGGUGGUAUUUAUGUAAAUAAGCGUAACUUUCAACAAGCACUAUCAUGCUUUGAAAAGGCUGCUGCCAUUCUACAUCAAACAGUGGGACCUAACCAUCCUGAUGCUGUUGAUGUUCAACGAAAUAUUCAAAAUAUUCAAAGUUUUAUUCAUAGACGCAAAUAA